UCUUCCCGCACACGAAGCUCUCGCGCCUGCAAGCUUCCAAAUCCUCUCACAUCACCGCAUUCCUACAUUCCCCCGGGUCUCGUGCUCUCGGAUCUCCUCCACGAUCUCCGAAUCUCGUCCCCAUGCUGCCUUCUCACUGCGAGGACAUGCUGGCCUACGCCGCCGCCGCCGCCGGACGGCGCGCGGCGGCGCUGAUCGACCCGCGGCGGUACCGGCCGAACGUGGAGGUGGCGCCCAGCUGCCCGCGCUGCGACUCGCCCAACACCAAGUUCUGCUACUACAACAACUACAGCCUCAGCCAGCCCCGCUACUUCUGCAAGGGCUGCCGCCGGUACUGGACCAAAGGCGGGUCCCUCCGGAACGUGCCCGUCGGCGGCGGGUGUCGCAAGAAUCGGCGGGGCAAGGCUGUGCGGACCGUGGCGGAAACCGCGGCGAGCCGCGACGCAGCAGCGUUCUCUCCUCGGCUCCAUGGCCCGGUGAUCCGGCCCGACCUGCUCCUCGAAGGCAUGACCGGCAGCCCGCCCGAGCCCGGCCACCACCAGCCCGUGUCGUCGGGGUCGGGCAAGCAAGCUGGAGCAGCCGAUGGCUCGACGAUCGAUUUGUCAUUGAUCUACUCCAGGUUCUUGAGCCCUCAACCUCUGGUAGAGCAGUGCGCCGUCGUGCAGGAAUCGGUCGACAACUUGAGCGGGUCAAGCACGGAUGAGGUGAGCCCGCCGGUGCUGUCCGAUCCAAGUCAGCACGGGUUCGUCGAGCUCUGCGGGCCGGUGAGCUGUGCAGAGCCCAGCAGCGCAACCACCAUGCUGCAGUGCGCCGACGCCGCACGCGCGCAGGCGCUCAGCGAGUACAAUAACUUCAGCGUAGACCAGAGCUGCUACGACUCUCUCGAGUUGCAAACGGACGGCGGCAAUCUGGUCCUCCCCUCAACCUGGGGCCAGGAGGCCAAGUACGAGCCGUUCGACUCGCUUCCCGAGGACGCCAUGGGCCUCCCCGGCGGCGACGAUGUCUGGAGCAAAGUGCUGGGCUGCCAGGGACUGGAAGCGGCUCUCUGCAGGCCAUGAUCGAUGGAUAUGGACUCAUUUACUAGCUCGUUGAUUCGCGGCUGCUGCCUGCCUGGUGUUCUUGUGAUCGAUUCUAUGUCUUCUUCUUCUUCUUCUUCUUCUUCUUCUUCUUCUUCUUCUUCUUCUCCUUAUUUUGAUCUUGUUCAUAAGUAAGUAACUUAUAUGGGGUGUUCAUCAGGGUGAAAGGACUGGUAUACAUGUGGGAUAGAAAGGACAUGUAAUAAUAAUACUCGCUUGCUAUAAUCGAUAUACUACUGUUUAACAGCUAGCUAGCUGGGCUUCCUGUUCUGAA